AUGGCGCCCGUCAAGCAGCAGCUGUCGGUCGCAAUCAUCUCAACCAUCCUGCUGCAAAGACUCGCCGCCUUUCCACUCAGCUAUCCUGCCUCCAUAGCGGCGCUCUUCUUCGCACAAUGGGCUGCCUACACGCUAUGCAUGAUCCUCGUGUAUCCCCGAUACUUCAGCAAGAUCCGCCAUCUCCCAGAAGCCCCGAACCCGCAUUUUCUGCUGGGCCAGACAAGGCGCAUCAUGAAGGAGCCUUCGGGAAUACCGAUGCGAGACUGGGCACAAGAUGUUCCCAAUCAUGGACUGAUAAAAUACAGCGUCUGGUUUCAGGAAAGAGUUUUGAUCACCACCCCUGCUGCUCUUAGCGAAGUCCUCGUGACCAAGAAUUAUGACUUUGUUAAGCCUUGGCACUUUAGACACGGUCUGGCACGCAUUCUUGGAAUUGGCAUUCUCCUUGCAGAAGGCGAAGAACACAAGAUCCAGAGGAAGAAUCUGAGCCCUGCAUUCAGCUUUAGACAUGUCAAGAACAUUUAUCCAGUCUUCUGGAAAAAGACGGAGCACAUUUCUGAUACCGACAACAUGGACGCCGAGAAAGCAGCGCAGCUACACGAACGUGGUGUCAUAGAUGUAGGCAAUUGGGCGAGCCGUGCCACUCUAGACAUUAUCGGCCUCAGUGGCAUGGGGCGCGAUUUCGAUUCCCUUCACGAUCCAGGGAACAAGCUGAACCAAACCUACAAAUCCAUCUUCAACCCAGGUCGCGCAGGUCGUCUUCUGCAAGUCCUUGGAAUUUUCAUCCCGUUUUGGAUCAUGCGGAGGCUGCCAAUCAAACGCAACCAGGAACUGGACGCUGCAACAUCAUACAUCAAGCAGACAUGCCGCGACCUGAUUGCAAAGAAACGAGAAGCCAUGUCUGAGAAAGGCGCCGUGGGCGAAGUUGAUAUCUUGUCCGUAGCGCUAGAGUCAGGUGGAUUCUCGGACGAAGAUCUGGUGAAUCAAAUGAUGACAUUCCUCGUCGCUGGCCAUGAAACCACAGCCACGGCAAUGAUCUGGGCCAUCUACCUCUUAUGCAAGGACAAGAAGAUCCAAGACAAGCUUCGCGAAGAUAUCAGAAAGCAGAUUCCCAAUCUGGAAAGCGAAAUCCAGGCAAGUGACAUUGACGACUGUCACUACCUGCAAGCUGUUUGCUCCGAGGUCUUGAGACUGUGGGCGCCUGUGUCUUUGACGAUGCGUGUCGCAGAUAAGGACACCACCAUCCAGGGCGAAUUCAUUCCCAAAGGCACAACAGUCAUCCUUUGUCCCUGGGCCAUCAAUACCUCGAAGCAUUUAUGGGGCGAGGAUGCUCUAGAAUUCAAGCCAGAACGAUGGUUGAACGCGGAUGGCAAAGCGAACCAGAAAGGUGGAGCAGAUUCAAACUAUGCUUUUCUAACUUUCCUGCAUGGUCCUCGUUCAUGUAUCGGACAAAGAUUUGCUGUGGCGGAAUUCGCGUGCCUGCUUGCCGCGUGGGUUGGGAAAUAUGAUACUUCAUUCGAAGAGGGAAGUCCUUUGGCGAAGGGAGAGCUUGAAAUCAAGGGAGGAAUAACAGCAAAGCCAAAAGGAGGUUUAUGGUGCACUUUGAAGGAGGUUCCUGGGUGGUGA